AUGUGUGAUUAAAAACGAAAAAGACUACUUACAUAUGAUGAUAUGGAUAACUAAAAUAUAAUCCCUAGAGCACCUCUCAUUAAGUACAUUUAUUUUUUAUAUAAUCAAGACCAUUAAAAGAUUCUUCCAUUUUAAUACCAGAACUAUAAUUAACUUAUGAAACACCAAAUUGCUUUAAGAAUAUACCACUCACAAUCAUCCCUGAGGAUGUCAAACAAGAAAGUUUCCAAAUGCCAUAAGUGGGCAAACACAUUAAAAAGAGAUAAAGAUUUCAAAGCGAAAAUCUUCGUCCCACUGUCAUCAGUAUGAUGGAACGACAAUUAUUGAAUAGAAAUUCCUCUAAAUUGCAAAUAGAAAGCCAUAGAUAUUGA